AUGAAGUCCAAACGCAAGAGGACAGAAGACGUGGAUACGACACCAGAUACGAAGGCCCCUGAUACGGGAGCCUCUUCAGAAAACGAUCUAACCUCCAGAAGGGCAGUGGCAAUAGAGUACGCUGUCACCCAAUUACAGCAUAGCAUCCGUCAGAUAAUCAAAGAGUCGUUAAAUUCUGAGCAGCUGCGCAACUCUUUGGCUAACAUACAGAAGCAGAAAGAUGGAAAUGAGGUUUUGCUGGCUCUUCAAAGAAAUCAGAAGCUUCAGCUCGCUGCGAGGCUGAAGGAUCUCUAUGAGAGUGGAAAGCUAAAAAUAUUUGACCAAAUAGCAGAUUUUGACGAGAGCACAAAGUUGAAGGGAUCAAGCAAAAUGAGACUCAAAGUCAAACGACACAAGAGCAAUACACAUCUGAAAAAUGAUAUACUCAACACAGGCAUUCCUCCACUUCCCCGAAUUGAGGACCCGGUUACAGAAGCGAGAGUCUUCACACAUCGGUCUGCAGUCAGUAACAGCAACCAUCUUUCUAAGAAAGAGAUUUUGGAGUCGAACAACGAGCGAUUAGAGUUUUUAGGAGAUUCGAUCAUCAACGCCCUCGUUACACAAAUACUGUUUGAGCGAUAUCCGAGCUACGACGAAGGAGAAUUAUCCAUUUUACGCUCUCAGCUAGUCUGUAACAGCUCUCUUGGCCAAUUCUCUGAAAAGUACGGCUUUCCCGAGAAACUGGUUGUGAAUUUUGCCAAGGAUGCUGCAUUCCAGAAGGGUAAGCACAAAAUCUACUCAGAUGUCUUUGAAGCUUAUGUUGGCGGGUUGUACGUUGACAGCAACUAUUCUAACUUGGACACGAUAAAAAAAUGGUUAGAUCAGCUUAUCACACCGCAACUUUCCAAGCUAACGGAGAGGUUCAAUCAGAAGAAUCUCAAUAAUGAUGCAAAGGCACGACUGUACGCUCUUAUAGGAUCAGCAGCACUACCCCCACGCUAUAUCACCAAACAAACUGGAAACGGUUUUGAUGUCUCUUUUAUUGUUCAGUGCAUGAUUGGUGAUGAAGUAAUUGGAGAAGGAGAAGGAUCGAAUUUGAAACAGGCCGGGCUCAAAGCUGCAGAGGAUGCGUUGAGCAAGAGAGAGGUCAUUGAAAAGUAUAUCAAGCUGCGGGAAGCCACCCCGAAGGAAGUUUCGGUUAUUCCAAACGCCAUCGAGGAAAAACCUAACAUGAAUACAAGACGGCUGAAAGCAAACCCUGAAGACUUCGAUAUACCUCUGCCAGCAUUAAUGCCCCAGUCAGAGGUGGAUGAAACCUCGUCUGACAAGCUCUACGCUAUAUUGUCCAAAAAUAAGGUUUUGCCGGUCUACAAAACUGUUACCAAAGGUAAAGAAUUUGAGACUACUCUACUGAUCAAUGACGUGGCAGCCUGCAUAUCAUCUGCUCCGAGCAAAAAAAGGUCGCGAAAUCAAUGUGCCGCAUUUGUUCUCGCCCAUCCUGGAAUUCUGCCCCGCUGUCACGUCUUUGUUGAUUGA